AUGUCUACUACCGUGGAAAAGAUCAAGGCCAUCGAAGAUGAGAUGGCUCGUACCCAAAAAAACAAGGCUACUUCGUUCCAUCUGGGACAGUUGAAGGCAAAAUUAGCCAAGCUGAGAAGAGAGCUUCUAACCAGCUCGCAAUCCAGCGGUGGUGGUGGCGGAGGUGUCGGUUUUGACGUUGCUAGGACGGGUGUAGCCAGUGUGGGUUUCGUUGGUUUCCCAUCUGUGGGUAAAUCAACGCUGCUUUCCAAAUUGACCGGUACCGAGUCUGAGGCAGCGGAGUAUGAGUUUACAACGUUGGUUACUGUUCCCGGUGUGAUUCGCUACAAGGGAGCCAAGAUUCAGAUGUUGGAUUUGCCAGGUAUCAUCGAUGGGGCUAAGGACGGCCGUGGUCGUGGUAAGCAAGUCAUCGCUGUGGCCAGGACAUGUAACUUGCUAUUCAUUGUUUUAGAUGUCAACAAACCGCUGCACCACAAACAGAUCAUCGAAAAGGAACUCGAAGGUGUUGGGAUUCGUCUGAAUAAGACGCCGCCAGAUAUCUUGAUCAAGAAGAAGGAAAAAGGUGGUAUAUCGAUUACCAACACGGUUCCCCUAACACACCUGGAUAACGACGGCAUUAGGGCGGUAAUGAGCGAAUACAGGAUCAAUAGCGCGGAAAUCGCCUUCAGAUGUGAUGCCACUGUAGAUGAUCUGAUCGAUGUGCUGGAGGCACCAACAAGAAGAUAUAUGCCAGCCAUCUACGUUCUAAACAAGAUUGACUCUUUGUCAAUAGAAGAGCUUGAGUUACUAUACAGAAUCCCAAAUGCAGUGCCCAUAUCAUCGGGCAGAGAAUGGAACUUGGACGAUCUCUUGCAGGUCAUGUGGGAUAGGCUGAACUUGGUUCGUGUUUACACAAAACCAAAGGGCCAGAUGCCAGAUUUCACGGAUCCCGUUGUCCUAAGAUCGGACCGUUGCAGCGUGAAAGAUUUUUGUAACCAAAUCCACAAAUCCCUGGUCGACGACUUUAGGAACGCUUUAGUCUACGGUUCCAGUGUUAAGCAUCAACCCCAGUACGUGGGUUUAAAUCAUAUCCUUGAGGAUGAAGACGUCGUCACAAUCUUGAAAAAAUGA